CCAAAUAAACCAUCCAUUCAUUUGCUUAACUAUUUUAUUAAAGGUUUUUUCUCCCAGCAUAUGUCUCAGAGGCCUAGCGUUCCUCACUAUUCUUCAAUAGCUUUUGGUCUUCAUUCCCAUCUCCUGGUUUCCAGUGAGAUGAACCCAAAUUCCAACUGGUCUCAAUAGUUUAUUUUUGUUUCUCUUCAUUUUUGGAUCAUAAUUCCUUUUUUUUUUUUUUCUUUUUGCUUCAUUCUUUUGGCUUUUAACUAAGGUUAUUGGCUUGUUGAUUUUUCAAGCAGAAUUUGUUAAAGAAUCAAGUUCUUAAACAUCAAAAGGUUUAGAUUUUUUUUUUUGGAGAAUUAAAAUGGGAGUUAAAGGUUUUGUUGAAGGAGGCAUAGCAUCAAUUGUGGCUGGAUGUUCUACCCACCCACUUGAUUUAAUCAAAGUCCGAAUGCAACUCCAGGGUGAAACCCAUGUCCCGAAUCCGGCUGUUCAAACCCUCCGACCUGCUUUAGCCUUUCACACAACCACCACCACCACCACAUCUGCUAUCCACAUGCCACCUCCGCCACCACCCGCUGCAGCGCGUGUUGGACCAGUAGCCACCGGAAUCCGGAUCUUCCAAACCGAAGGCGUGGCCGCUCUUUUCUCUGGCGUCUCUGCCACUGUCCUCCGCCAGACCCUCUAUUCCACUACCCGUAUGGGACUCUACGACAUUCUGAAACAGAAAUGGACCGACAAGGAUACGAAAACCAUGCCUCUCUCGCGCAAAAUCGCCGCUGGAUUAAUCGCCGGGGUCGGCGCAGCUGUCGGGAACCCAGCCGACGUGGCGAUGGUUCGCAUGCAAGCUGACGGACGCCUCCCGUUAUCUCAACGCCGUAAUUACACCAGCGUUGUCGACGCUAUCACUCGCAUGACGAAACAAGAAGGCGUUACCUCCUUGUGGCGCGGCUCAUCGCUUACGGUGAACCGUGCCAUGUUGGUGACGGCUUCGCAGCUGGCUUCGUACGAUCAGAUCAAAGAAAUGAUUUUGGAAAACGGGUUGAUGAAAGAUGGGCUUGGGACACACGUGGCAGCAAGCUUUUCGGCGGGGUUUGUUGCGGCGGUGGCGUCGAAUCCUGUUGAUGUGAUCAAGACAAGGGUUAUGAACAUGAAGGUAGAGCCAGGGCAAAAGCCGCCAUAUGCUGGUGCUUUGGAUUGUGCUAUCAAGACGGUGAAGGCGGAAGGGCCCAUGGCGUUGUAUAAAGGGUUUAUACCGACGAUCUCGAGACAGGGACCCUUCACGGUUGUGCUUUUUGUUACGUUGGAACAGGUUAGGAAGUUGCUAAAGGACUUUUGAAGUAUUAGCGACGAAAAAGAUGAUGAUGAAAACCAAUCUUAGGAAUUCUAUGUUCUAAGUUACGUAGUUGUUAUGAGAAGGGAAAAUAAAGUUAUCCAUCGAAUCUGGAGGCAGAGUUUGUCUUUGCUUCUGAUUAUAAGAGAAUAUAUUAUGUCUAGAUUCUUAUUUUAAUAGCGAUAUCAACAAAUAAUAUUUGCUCUUACUAAAUUUGCAGCUAACUUAAUUGUUUUUUCGUUUGGUGUUUUGUGCUUGGCUUUUGUUUCUGGUUUUCUAUUUUCUAAAUGUUGAUCUGAGAGCCCGAUGAGAGGGUUUCACUGCACUUUUCUGUGCGGUUACUGUAUUUUUAUUUGUAAUUGGGCUCAAAUAUUCCCAAUUAUGUACAUGAAA